AACUUUGCCCAAAACCCUAAUUCCCAUUUCCUCUCUCACACUCUCUGCUAUAUAUAAUCUCUCACUCUUCUCUCUCAUCAAUCAAAUCUCUCUCUCUAUCUCUCUCUCUAAUCACCGCUACCCAAUCGCUAUCAUAAUCGUUUCAAUUUGAUUUUCAAUUUGUCUAAUUUUUUUUGUUUUGCAGGGUUUCAUUUUCGAUUCCUAAUAUCAUUUCACGGAUUGAAUUUCAUUUCCAUUUCAUUUUCUUGUGUUUGUUGAAUUUUGUGCAUUUUUUCUUUUUCCUCUAACCAUGGAUGCAGGAUCUUUGAGUUCUCCAGCAAUCAAGUCCCGAUCACGCUGUCCUCUUCAAGAACAAUUUCUUCAGAGAAAAAGUUCUCGAGAGAAUUUGGACAGAUUCAUACCGAAUAGAUCAGCGAUGGAUUUCGAUUAUGCUCAUUACAUGUUGACAGAAGGGGCUAAAGGUAAGGAAAAUCCAGUCGCGUGCUCCCCUUCUAGAGAGGCUUACAGGAAGCAACUUGCAGAAUCCUUAAACAUGAACAGAACCAGAAUACUAGCUUUCAAGAACAAGCCACCUACGCCAGUUGAUUUGAUCCCUCAUGAGAUUUCUUCAUCAAAUCAUCAACAAGAUAAAUCCGCCAAGCCUAAGCGAAUUAUUCCUCAGACUUCUGAGAGGACAUUAGAUGCACCAGACCUUGUGGAUGACUAUUACCUCAAUUUAUUGGAUUGGGGAAGUGCCAAUGUUCUUGCAAUAGCACUUGGAAACACGGUGUAUUUGUGGGAUGCAUCAAACGGUUCCACUUCAGAACUCAUGACUGUGGAUGAUGAAGAUGGCCCUGUCACAUCUGUAAGUUGGGCUCCUGAUGGGCGUCACAUUGCUGUUGGUUUGAACAACUCCGAAGUGCAGCUAUGGGAUACAGCUUCAGAUAAGCAGUUGAGAACAUUGAGAGGUGGACAUAGGCAGAGAGUUGGGUCAUUGGCAUGGAACAAUCACAUACUCACAACUGGAGGAAUGGAUGGUAGAAUUCUAAACAAUGAUGUAAGGAUACGAUCACCCAUUGUUGAAACAUACAGAGGGCAUGAACAAGAAGUUUGUGGGUUGAAAUGGUCGGCUUCUGGUCAACAAUUAGCCAGUGGAGGGAAUGAUAAUCUACUUUAUAUAUGGGACAGAGGCACAGCAUCUUCUAGCUCACCAACACAGUGGCUUCACAGGCUUGAAGAUCAUACAUCUGCAGUCAAGGCACUUGCUUGGUGUCCUUUCCAAGGGAAUUUGCUAGCUACUGGUGGAGGCAGUGGCGACAGAAGCAUCAAGUUUUGGAAUACACAUACAGGUGCAUGCUUGAAUUCAGUUGACACUGGGUCUCAGGUGUGUUCCCUGUUGUGGAACAAGAAUGAAAGGGAGUUACUCAGCUCCCAUGGUUUUACACAGAAUCAGCUGACACUUUGGAAAUAUCCUUCCAUGGUGAAGAUGGCAGAGCUGAAUGGUCACACUUCAAGAGUUCUUUAUAUGGCACAGAGCCCAGAUGGUUGCACAGUGGCAACAGCUGCUGCGGAUGAAACAUUGAGGUUUUGGAAUGCUUUUGGCACUCCAGAAGUAGUUGCCAAAGCUGCACCAAAAGCUAGAGAGCCAUUUUCACAUCUGAGCCGUAUUCGAUAAGCAGCGACAUUACUAUUUGAAAAAUGCCAAUUAAUUUUUCUGAUUGAAUACAUAUACUCCACUGUAUGUAGAUAUGUAAAAGCCACGUGUAUAUCAAAACAAUACUGGAAUAUGUACAUUGAGGCAAUGUGUAGAUAGAGCAAGGGGGAUGUAUUUCAUUUUAGGAGAUCUCUUUCUAUUGUAACAUCAUGAUAUUAUAGUGGAAAACAUCACUUCAUUUUCCCGUGGACGUAGUCACACACCACUCGUGACGAACCACGUA